AUGACAACACAGGAAGAGAUUUCGAAUGUUUUUAACAGCGAAGGAAAGCUCCUUCAGAUUGAGUAUGGACUUGAGGCAGUGAACCAUUCGUUGCCUGUAAUCACUGUAAGGUCUAGGGACAUGAUUGUAUGCGCAGCAAAGAGAAUUAUGCAGGAUAAGCUUGAGGAUGAGUGCCUGUCGAGCUUUGCAAGGGUUUCUGAGAGAUGCUUUGUGGCGAUUACGGGGCUUCCUGGAGAUGUUGAGUAUAUUGUGCAGAGGAUAAAAAUGAUUGCGAAUAAGGAAACGUUUUCUCUUGGAUUUGAAGUGACACCUGAUAUCCUGUGUAGACAGUUCGCAGACAAGAUGCAGAAGCUGAUACAGAGUUCAGCGGAACGACCAGCAGCAUUUAGUGCGUCUAUUUUUGGGUUUGAUGCAGGAAAGGCGAUGGUCUAUCAGACUGACAUGUCUGGGAUUUGCUAUCCUUGUUAUGCUACUGCGGUUGGAGAGAAGCAUGGGAAGAUGAGCAAGUAUAUUGAGAAGAGCUAUGUGGAGGGUGCAGAUAGCCGAGAGCUUGUUGAGCUAGCUGUUGCUGCACUGCUUGAGUCACUUGGAAACGAUUCGGUGUGUUCUGAGAUGGAGGUUGCAUAUUUGAAUGCAGGAGAGCCAUUAAAGUAUCUGAGUGCCGAGGAGAUUGAUCGGGUGCUGCAGGAGAUAGCAGAGAAGUAA